AUGGCAGAUCUUGGGAACCAAGGAAGGAUUCAUUGCCCCAUGAGACUUACCUGUACCCUACUCAUUGUGGGACUGUGCUGUGUGGCACCUUUCUUCUGUCAUAGCCAAAUUGAUCUCCUGGCUCUGAACCAAGCAGAUCCUCAAUGCUGGGAGUCCUCUUCAGUGCUCCUUUUGGAUAUGAGGAAGCCGCGCAUUUCUGACACUGUGACAGGAUUUUGGGACUUUAUGAUCUACCUGAAAUCAUCUGAGAACUUGCAGCAUGGGGCCCUUUUUUGGGACCUGGCCCAACUCUUCUGGGAUAUCUAUGUAGACUGUGUGCUCUCUAGAAAUCAUGGCCUAGGAAAGAGACAGCUGGCUGGAGAUGAAGAGAAACUGUCUACAAUGCAUUCACAGCACUCAGGAAGUAAGUCAGGUACAUAUUCUCAGUUCCAAAGAGCCCCACUUCUGAAGAAGAAAGAGUUGAUUGAAGAUUUGAUAAGCAUCCAUGUGCAUAAGAGUGGGUCUAGAUUAAUUGGAAGAGUUAACAGUGACCUAGGAAUAAAGAGAAAAUAA